CUAGGCGAGUGUAAUCGAUUUCACAUUAUUUGUUUUAAGACAUCCUCCCUAACUAUUAAAAUAAACCAACAAAUAACUUGAGUAAGUUGAAUUAUUGGAUUAUUUGGGACAAAUUAAUUAAAUAAAUGUAAAUACUCGGUAUGAUGUUUUAUGUCCAUGCAUAUGGCUGCACGUGCGUACGGCGGCCUGCCGGCAGAUGGUAAUCUCCGAGGAACUGGAGAGGCGAAAGGCGGCGGCUGCAGCGGUUCAAAGGAAUAAUGAUGUAGUAUCACAUGCAGCUGCUAAUUACAGCAGCGGUGGUUUGAAGCGUUCCCCGGCGGAGUUAUUAUGGUUGAAUAAGAGAGGGUGCCCUAUCGGUACUGUUCCCAUCCGUCGCCGUCGUCGUCGUCAUCACUCGUUGGAGGAUGAUGUGAAGACUAUCACGGAAAGCCAUCUUGAUUUUGCAGGAGUAAUAGUAGGGAAAGCUCCAUCAGGACAAUUCACAGGGGCUAAAGCCACUAUGACCAUAUGGAACCCCAUGCUGAGGGGAGAUGACCAAUACAGCUCCGCCGCUUUGUACUUGGACAAUAUUGGAGAUAAUGACCAUAAUAUAAUUAUUCACAUCCGCGCUGGAUGGAUCAGGGAAGACGACGACUAUGCAACAACGGGAUGCUACAACGAUCAGUGUCCGGGAUUUGUCGUAUUCUCUAACAAAAUUCCACUCGAUUAUCCUUUUCCCAACAUGUCCCAGUUCGAAGGUGAUCAGUUCGACACAACCAUAGAUGUUUUUCAGAGUACUUGGGGAGAUUGGGUUCUAAGUGUGGAUGAAGAAACGCUUGGGAUAUGGACAACCCCCAUAUUCUCAAGCAUGGCCAGCGCCGCGACUCAAUUGCGAUUUGGAGGGGAAUGUUUCAAGCCCGAAGGCCAAGACACGAGUCCGGAAAUGGGGAGUGGAAGGUUUAACAACGGGCAGUAUGACAAGACGUGUUACAUGCGUCGCGUGUCUUACUACGAUUCUAUUUAUGGGAGCAACGUUGUUAGCGACGACAUGGUUCAACUCCACGAUUCGAGAUGCUACUAUGAAGGCUCCCAAGGUUAUAAUUUUGAAGACGAUUGGUAUGGUUACUCUUUUAUGUUUGGAGGAGCCGGCAAGGAAGAUGAAGUUAGAUGUUUAGGCGAUUAAAUUGUACCAAGUAGAACUAAAAUAUAUCUGUCAAUAUUUUUUUUAUAAAUAAAACUUUUAUGAUUUUAGUUAAUUAUUCCUUUUAUAAUUUCUAAUCAAUUCCUGAUUAUUGAUGUACAUGUACAAAAGUGUCUUUUAUAUAAUGAUUAAGAGCAAUACACACCUCCCAACAGCUAGGGUUUCUAUUAUUGGCAAGGCACAGUCAUACUUUCCUCACCUAAUGAACUUAGAAUUUUACU